AUGAUCUUUGAUAUAGGUCUUGAUCCACAACUUUAUCACUUUAAUAUAAAUGAAAUUGCACAUCGUACAACACUUACAAACUACGCCAUAUUCGAUUGCCUAUCUAUUUAUCAAUUAUUAAUUAAAUUAAAUUUGAUCAACAUCCCACAACAAUCAUCAAUUACAUCAACAAUAUCAAUUGAUGAAGACUCAAUCGAAGUACAACAAACACUUAUGGAUUAUGACCAAAUAUCAUCGGAUGAAUCAGAACCUGAACGUGAAUCACAACAACAACGAACAGUAAUUAUUUCUGAUAAUCCAACAAUUUCAAAUACUAAUGAACAUCAACAACAUCACUCACUAACAGAAGAAGAACGAAAAAAGAUUCAUAAUCGAUCGUGUACCCUUAAACAACGGAAAAAAUUAUAUAAAUAUGAAAUUAUAAGAAGAGGCAUCGAUCGAAGAUUUACUAUUACACAAAUUAAGAAAAUUCUUCGUGAACGUUCUAUUAAUUUUGGUGCUUUAAAUAUUUCAACAUCUACCUUAACUAAUCGUACAUCAUUAUAUAUUGGUAUAAAUGACCAAACAUUAUUAUCUAAAUAUGAACGUCAAACUAGAAAUCUAUUUUCUACUGAUCAUUACGAUGAAAUUCGUUCACAACAACGUCGAUCGAACUCAAAUUUCAACUAUACUCAUCGUUUUCAACAUCAUAGAUAA